AUGUUAGAGCCUGUCUUCCACACUUCAUUCACUAGUUCACCUUUAAUCUUACAGAGACGGUGGAGUGAAGCCAUAACCAGCAGCACUGAACAUCCACUGCAGACCUGCACAAUGAGAGACUACAACUGUAAAGAACACAUAGACAAAAUCCUCCAAGAUGCUCCGAACGCAAGAAAAGCUCUACUCGACAACCACAGCAAUCUGCACAAGGUGGCCGACUACUGUCAGAACAAAUACCUCAAUGUGGAGGACACCAAAAGUGUGAUCGAGGAGUCCAAAGCUCUGACCACUCAGGCGCUGGCCAGUGUCACAUAUCAGAUCAACAAUCUGGCCACGAAUCUGCUCAAGCUCUUGGACACUCAGACGGUUCAGCUCAAGCAGAUGGAGUCCUCCGUCAACAUGCUGACGCUGACGGUGGCCAUGUACAAGGAGAAGAUUGCUCGGGGAGAGAUCGGAGUGCUCACCAAACAGGCAAAAGUUCCCCGGACCCAGAAGGUGGUUCCUCCUGCAAGAGGACUGGAGCCGUUUCGUGGUUACAGACGUGUUCCCAUAUCCUAUAGCUGCUUAGACAAACUGGGCCACGGACACUGGCAAGGCAACAAAACUGAAGAGACAAAGACAGAAAGCGACUAUGAAGACUCUAUGUCUGUACAGCUCAGCACACAGGAGACCAGCACCUUCAACUGGUCUUUUUUGGGUAUCGCCGUUCCUCCACCAUCUGUUCCUACCUCAGUGGGUUCUAGUGUCGCAGCUCCACCCGAUUUCUCUCCAGCUUCACCCUCUCCUUCAUUAAUGUCUGUCCGCUCUCCAUCCCUGCCUCCGUUUGCCUAUCCCGACUAUCCACUUCUGCCAGAUGAUGACAUGGGAGACGCUCCACCUCCACCACCUCCUCCGUCUCCUCCUCCACCUGGUUCUGUGUAUGGAGGCUCUUUGGUUCCCCCUCCACCACCUCCACCUGGCACAAAUACCACAAUGACAGCACCGCCUCCUCCUCCUCCUCCUGGAAAUAUGGGUGUCCCACCUCCACCCCCUCCUCCUCCAGGUAAUAUGGGUGCCCCACCUCCACCACCACCACCACCUCCUCCAGGUAAUAUGGGCGUCCCGCCUCCACCACCACCACCCACUCCAGGUAAUAUGUGUAUCCCACCUCCACCACCACCUCCUCCUGGUUACACUGGGUCUUCACUUCCUCCACCAGCACCUCCACCUCCACAAAAUGUCUCCAUGGCACCACCACCACCACCUCCUGCUCCUAAUACUGGAGGAAAAUUUCUUCCACCUCCUCCUCCUCCUCCACCACCCCCAUAUUAAAUUUCAAUGUUAUUUUUUUGUAAAAGAAUGUGAAACGUUCAAUGGGAUAAGUGUUUUUUAUAUAUCAUUUUUAUUAAACUGUAUGAACAUUUAUUUUAUAAAUGUUACAUAAAUGUUGUAAAUGUUUAUAGUUCAGUUUAAAUAUUAACUGUUGUAUUUUUAAAGCACAUUAAAGUGUGUAAUAACCAACAUGUUUUUACCCGUUUUAUGAUACUCAAAAAAACAAAAGGAAAUCUCUUUAAAUGCUUUAUUGUGUGAAUAAUGUGGAAGUUUGUUUCCAACAUCUAAUAAAAAAACUAGCAAUUCAUAUAUAUAUAUAUAUAUAUAUUUAUAUAUAGUUGAAGUCAGAAUUAUUAGCCCCUUUUUUAUUUUUUUUCCCUUUUUAAAUAUUUCCCAAAUUAUGUUUAACAGAGCAAGGAAAUUUUCACAGUAUGCCUGAUAAUAUUAUUUCUUCUGGAGAAAGUCUUGUUUAUUUUAUUUUGGCUAGAAUAAAGGUUUAAAAAAAAAUUUUAAACCAUUUUAAGGUCAAAAUUUUUAGCCCCUUUAAGCUAUUUUUUUUUUUGAUAGUCUACAGAACAAACCAUCCUUAUACAAUAACUUGCCUAAUUACCCUAACCAGCCUAGUUAACCUAAUUAACCUAGCUAAGCCUUUAAAUGUCACUUUAAGCUGUAUAGAAGUGUCUUGAAAAAUAUCUAGUCAAAUAUUAUUUACUGUCAUGAUGGCAAAGAUAAAAUAAAUCGGUUAUUAGAAAUGAGUUAUUAAAACUAUUGUGUUUAGAAAUGUGUUGAAAACAUCUGCUCUCGGUUAAACAGAAAUUGGGGGAAAAUAUAAACAAGGGGCUAAUAAUUCAGACUUCAACUGAAUAUGUACAAUUAGGAGACCGCUUGAAAUGUUCAGUUUCUGGGUUAAUUAGGGAUGAGUUUGAGUAAAAUGUAAAUAUCUGUUUUUCAAAUAAUAUAUCAAAUAAAAACUUUUAUUUAAUGCA